CCAUCAAGGCCCAGAAAAGCCCAACGCGAUCACACGAGCGGGACUGGGGAGUAGUGAGAGGGCGAGCUCCUCCCUGCGCCGCCGCCAAAACCCUCAAAACCCGAGACGCCGGCGGCGAAGAGGAGAGGGCGGAGGCGGAGAUGGCGACGCGGGUGAAGGACGUGGCGCGGCGGUCGACCAAGAAGUACGUGGAGGAGGCGCUGUACCGGCGUCUGUUCCGGAAGGGGUCCACGCCGCAGGCGGUGCGGGAGGAGGUGGACGGCUUCCUCGACAGCCGGAAGCGGGCGUUUAAGUGGGAGGUGGGCGUUUGCGUCCGCCGGAUGCGGCGGAACGCGCUCUACCGCCCGGCGCUCAAGCUUUCUGAAGUUAUGACAAGAAGAGGCAUGAAUCCUACUGUUAGUGAUCAAGCAAUCUGCCUGGAUCUCAUUGCCAAAUCGAGAGGCAUUGCUGCUGCCGAGAAGUACUUUUUGGACCUCCCAGAAACGUCCAAGACUCAUCUUACAUAUGGCGCUCUUCUCAAUUCUUACUGCAAAGAGUUGAUGACUGAGAAGGCCGAGUCCCUUAUGGCGAAAAUGAGUGAGCUCAACUUUGCUUUUACUGCCAUGCCCUUUAACAGCCUAAUGACUAUGUACACCAAAGUUAACCAACCUGAGAAGGUCCCUGGUAUCAUUCAGUACAUGAAGGCAGAUGACGUAUUGCCACAUGUCUUUACUUAUAAUGUUUGGAUGAGGGCGCUUGCAGCUCUCAAUGACAUACCAGGGGUUGAGAGGGUGAUUGAAGAGAUGAAACGGGAUGGCCGUGUUGCUCCUGAUUGGACAACAUACAGCAACCUGGCUUCCAUAUAUGUUGAUGCUGGGCUGUUUGAGAAGGCAGAGGCUGCUCUUAAGGAGCUUGAGAAGCGGAACACCAGCAAUGACGUGGAAGCCUACCAGUUUCUCAUUACAUUGUAUGGGCGUACACAGAACUUAGUGGAAGUUCACCGUGUCUGGCGAUCACUGAAGCGGAAUAACCCUAGAAUGGCAAACAUGAGCUACCUUAACAUGAUUCAGGUUUUGGCCAACUUGAAGGACCUUCCUGCUGCUGAAGCCUGUUUCAAGGAGUGGGAAGCCCGGCACAUCCAUCCACCCAAGACCAAAGCAAAGGACUCUGGGGCAGAUAAUAUAUCCACUACAGAUCCAGAAUCUUCAAGUAACCUGCCUAAUAAUCAGUCUGGCAUCAAGGAAACUGGGGAUGAGGCAGCGAAGGACCUCCAACUGAAGCAUCCAAAGUAUGACAUCCGGGUAGCAAAUGCUAUGAUCAAAGCAUACAUUGCUGAGGGCAUGCUUGACAAAGCUGUCGCCGUGAAGAAGCGCGCCAAGAUGCAUGGCGGAAGACUGAAUGCCAAGACAUGGGAGAUCUUCAUGGAGCAUCACCUCAAGACGGGGGAUCUCAAGAUGGCCCAUUGGUGUGCGGACCGCGCGAUGAAGAAAGGGCACAGCAGCGGCAGGAUCUGGGUGCCGCCACCCGCGGUGACGGAGACCCUGAUGAGCUACUUCGAGGAGAACAAGGAUGUUGAUGGGGCCGAGCAGUAUGUGGAGUCUCUGAAGAAGGUGCAGAAGGAUCUGGGCACGCCGGUGUUCGAGCCGCUGUUGCGGACGUACGCUGCUGCCGGGAAGAAGUUCCCUGGGAUGCGGCAGCGGCUGAAGAUCGAAAACGUGGAGGUCGGGGAGGAAACGGACCAGCUGCUUGACUCUAUCUGCGCCGAUCAAUAGGUGUUUUUUUUUCCUUGCCCGUUAUGUUCGUCUCAAUAACAGCAGGAUUGUUUCAGGUGCUCGGCUAUUUGUUCUGCAAGAGCUGUGUGAUGCCUGUAUGUACUCUGAAAUUGAGCCAACGUUUCUGUUCUUUUCGCCAUCAGGUUCUGCUGGCGCGGGGAUGGCAUUGAACUGCACCCCCAUACCAUUCCAGUUGUUGGCUCAGUUUAGGCGUGUUCAACCUAAGGUCUUUGUUUUUCCCUGUUUUCUUUUCCCUGCGCCGAUUUGAUUUUUGGUAUCUUGUACUGUUCUCAGCUGAAGCCAAUUGUAAUACAAGUCAUAACAAAGCCUGGUGCUCUGCUGAUGACCUGGCAGAUUGAUCCUCAUGUGCUACUACUACUACAGUACUACUA